AUGUUAAUGAUGGUGAUGAUAGUGGUAAUGGGAAUGGAGAACAUUUUGGUUCAUGCAACCCGUCCCUUGUGUGAACUCGGUAAUCAUUGUGGUCGUCACAGAGUUUCUCCUUCUCCUUCUCCAACUGAAUCUCCUUCACCUUCACCUUCAGAAGAUAUGGUUACACCAGUCUCUCCUUCACCUUCAGAAGUUUUUUUUGAGGUUACACCAGUGUCUCCUUCACCUUCAGAAGAUAUGGUUACACCAGUCUCUCCUUCACCUUCAGUAGAUAAUUUUGAGGUUCCACCAUCUCCUUCACCUUCAGAAAAUGAAAGCUCUUCAGAUUUGGUUUGA